AUGCCUGAUUCAAUAACAAACGGUGGACGUCCACCUGCUCCGCCGAGCUCAACGAGUACGGGAACGACAUCGUCUACUAGUAAUUUUGGUACUCGUCGUCGAUUAGUGAAUCGGAUCAAAAAGGUCGAUGAGCUGCAUCCAGCACAGGAAAAUCCCACAAUGGGGUCGCACUGGCUGUCUGGAGAGGAACGAUCGAGACUGGAAGCUGUUCAGCAAGAUUGGCGACGGACAAGGCCUAUGAAAUGGGGAACAAAACCUCGGAGGCCGGACGAGACAUCAGCAACCGCGUCGACGAGUAUUGCUUCUGAUGUUCCAUCUGGAUCCAAUACAACGUCAUUUAUCAAUUCAUCGAUUCCAAUGACAGCAACCACAUCGACAGCUUCAUCAACGAUAUCAUCACAUCCAACUACUCAUAAUCACCAAGCAUCUCGUAUCCCUCAAGCCAUCGGAACGAAUGGGACACUGCCUCCUCUGUUAAUAUCACCGACAUCGGCUGCAACGCCGUUGGUCUCUGGUAAAGGAGGGCCGAUGUCACCAUCAACGGGAAGUCCGAUUAAUGUGGCAGCGACGGUGUUACAGAAUGCAGUAUCUAGUCCCCAACAUAGUAUAUUUGACAGAUCUAGGUUAACGAGUAAAAUUCCACCAAGCACAUCAGUUUCAAAUGAUGCCGGUGACAAAGACAAACCACAACAACGUCUCGGUAUUCUGUCUCAAGUUCGAACGCUGACAGACGCUCUCGUCAACGAAGGGCCACGUACUCUGACAGGAGACGAGGAGAAGAUUAGUGAAGAGGAGCGAGCACGAAAAGAAGCGGAGAAACGAGAGGAAGAGGAGAAAGCGGCGAGAAAAAUUGAUGUGGAAGACGAUUUCGAUGCGCAGGAGAAGCCGAUUGAUAAGAGUAAAAACGGGCGAUUCUUGAAAUUCGAUGAAGAACUCGGACGUGGAUCUUUCAAAACGGUAUUCCGUGGAUUGGAUACAGAAACUGGAGUCGCUGUCGCUUGGUGUGAACUCCAGGAGAGCAAGUUGAACAAAACGGAACGACAACGAUUCCGUGAAGAAGCUGAAAUGCUCAAAGACCUUCAACAUCCGAACAUUGUGCGUUUCUACGAUUACUGGGAGAGUGCAGAUCUGUGUGGAAAACGAAAGUAUAUUGUACUUGUCACCGAGUUGAUGACUUCUGGAACACUCAAAAUGUACUUGAAACGAUUCAAACGAAUAAACAUCAAAGUGCUGAAAUCGUGGUGUCGACAGAUUCUCAAAGGACUCUCGUUUCUUCACACUCGUAAUCCACCAGUCAUUCAUCGCGAUCUCAAGUGUGAUAACAUCUUCAUUACUGGAACAACUGGAAGUGUCAAAAUUGGAGAUCUCGGUUUGGCGACACUGAAAAACAAAUCAUUCGCCAAAUCGGUCAUUGGAACUCCGGAAUUUAUGGCACCAGAAAUGUACGAAGAGAUGUAUGACGAGAGUGUCGAUGUGUACGCAUUCGGGAUGUGUCUUUUGGAAAUGGUCACUGGAGAAUAUCCGUAUUCAGAGUGUAUGAAUCCAGCAACCAUUUACCGAAAAGUGAUAUCCGGUGUGAAACCAGAGUGCUUCUCAAGAAUACCGGCUCAAUAUCCGGAGAUUCGAGAGAUAAUCGAUCGAUGUAUUCGUGUGAGAAGAGAGGAGAGAAGCACUGUGAAGCAACUGCUUGUUGACGACUUCUUCACACCAGAAGACCUCAUCGGAAUCCGUGUAGAGAUCAAGAAUCGUGAUGCUGACCUCAACGAUCUGAAUGUAGAGAUUCAGAUGCAGUUGAGAGUUUACGAUGAGAAGAAGCGGAAACAGUAUAGAUUCAAGGAGAAUGAGGGACUUCAAUUCGCUUUCGAUAUCGAGAAUGAUAGUGCUGAUGAAGUGGUACAACAGAUGAUUGAACAACAACAUAUUCCGGAUGAGGACACGAGAAUGAUUACCAAGCUGAUAAAAGAUAAAGUUGAUGCAUUCAGAAGAGAUCGAGAUCAUCGUUUGUUGGAGAUCAAAAGAGCGAAAGAGGAGGAAGAAAGGAUACGAGAGGAGGCUGAAAUCAAGGAAGAAUUGAAGUUGAGAGCUGAAGCGAAAGAAAGAGAACGACUGGAAAAGGAGCGGCUGGAGAAGGAAGCAGCAGCUGCAGCAGUCGCCGCAGCAAACCCACCACCUAUUCCACCGACGCCAGCGACUCCACACUCUUCGGCUCAACAACCAAUUCCACCACCACUCUCAACCCAAACAUCCACUGAAUUGACUCAACAAUCCGCAGUUCCGCAACAGUCUGUCCCGGUCACCAUGGUUGCCAACAUCCCGGUUAUGUCACCAACUCAACCGCAAGCACCACCAGUUCUGUCACCAACGACUGCUGCGCCACCGACGGUUCCAGCUACGAUGAUUCAUGUGCCGAAGCCGAUUGAGAUUCCAGUUCAGACUGUACCAGCUCCAACGGUUCAAAGCAAUACGGUUCCACCAUCACCUGCCCCGGUUAAACAAGAAGAUCUCCAAACGCCAACAUUGGCUCAAAACACAGUUCCCCGUACGAUAUCUACUGAUUCAUCUGCUCUUCAAGUCAAUACUCCCGCUUCAAUAGCCUCACCUGCUCCAAGUGUUCUUUCAAAUAAUGAUACGGUUGGAUCAGUAUCCACUACAACAGCACCGGUAACUCCAGCACCAACACCCACGACGACUACCGAUGGACCAGCUGCUGAAGCGAAAGAAGAAAAGAAAAAGAGCAAUAAACGAAAAGUGAUGAUGGAGAUUCUGGGAUGUGACGAGUCGAGAAACUUUGCUCUUGUGUCGUGUCGUCUCGAUACUUCACACAAAUCAGUUACAUUUCAAUUCGCUCCAGGAACGGAUAAACCGAACACGAUUGCUACGAAACUGCUCGCUGAGGAUUGUCUGUUGAAAAUUCAUGUUCAUAUUGUGGAAGCACAAUUGAGUGAAGUCAUUCAACUGGUCAAUACGGAUUCGAAGAAAGGAGUUGGAACGAAAUUGGCGACGGUUCUUGAUCCGAACAGCACUGAACCACCAACAAUCACUGCGGUUAUGCCGAAGGAUUCAGUGGCGGUGGCAGCGGCUACGAGGCCAAGAAUCGAGAUUGAGAAGACACCGCCGACGAGAGAAUCUUCUCAGGAACCGAAUAAUGUUCAAGUAACUAACGUGCGGAAAGUCUCCCAGGAAUCGAAUGCGGAGAGUGUCCAAUCGAUACCCCGCCCUGCCGUAACAUCACCAACGAAUCAUUCGGAUCCUGGCACAACUGCACCACCGGUCGCCGCCGCAAAACCAUCUCGAUUCCAAGUGACAAAGUCUGCUGAUCCAAUAGCUGCCACGCCGACAACUGUGGUAUCUACAACAACAAUCACUCCGGUGAUUGCUCCAACGCCUCCAACAGCCGAGCCAGUCAUUGUUCAACCGAUCACUUCUCAUGUUAUCACUCAUCUCGCAACACCGUCCCCAGUGGCUCACUCACUCUCCUCGAACUCUUCGCCUAGUGCUACAACUCAUUCGAAUACUUCAUCAAUUCAAUCAACAACUAGUGUGCCUGGUAGAAGAUUCACUGUUCAACCUGUAUCACAAGCCGAAUCUGGGAUUUCUUCAUCGAUUUCCACACCACAUCCAGAAGCAGCUGGAGCAAUCAUUCCGACAGGACCACCACCAGUUCCUAGUGUUCCUCCAGUUGUCGCAACUGCUUCUCUCAAUCUGGAGGCUUUUGGACAACCGACGACGAAACAAUUCGUUGUGGAGACUGUGCCUUCAUCGUCAACAGCUUCAACUGCCACGUUAGUAUCUGAAGCUCCAGCUGUCAUUCAAACAAUCCCAAUCUCUGUACCUGCUCCAGUUCAAGAACCACUCGUUGUCAAUAGUCAACCAGAUGUGUUGACACAAUUGGAAAGUGAGCUGAGAAAGGUCAGCGGUGUGUCUCAUUCGGCGUCUCCAUCAACUGUGGUGGAGUCUCAUACGUCGAUGACACCUCAAACGAUUCCUCUUGCUUGUCAAACGGUUCCAGCUUCCAUCGGUCAGGCUCCAGCUGUCAUCGCAGCUGCACACGCCGCCGCUCUCAUUCCGAAUGCAAGUGUGCCUCAAUCACCAUCUCGUCUAGAUGCUGAAUCUGGCCUUGCUGGAUUACACGAGAAGUUGGAAGCACUCAAACUGGAACAAGAUCGACGAGAAGAGGGUGAUGAGCAAGCGGCGAUAGAUGGAAAAGACGAGAUUCCAAUUGAUACGUUGAAAGGAUUGGCUGAAGCGUUGGGUAAAGUAAUUCAUACGGAUGGAAGAGAAACGACACCAAUGCCACCGGAUCAUCCUGAUUUGACGGAUGCUUCAACGCAACAGCUCGUCUCACCACCUAACCCGGAUCUCCUCUCUACAAUGUCAGCACCUGCUGAUGGAUCUCUAUCUUCCACAAUGUUAGAAGACAUGGCUGACGUGACACUCACCUCAUCAGUACCUCAGACGACGGCGUCGGCUCCAGCCACGACAGAAGCGAUUCCAGCAGCAAUGACGAUGAGUACAGAUCAAGAAUGUGCUCAAUCGAUGACGUCUUCAAUGACUCGUAACACGACCGGCACAAAACUCGCUACUUUUGAGAAUCUCGAAACGGCGUUAUCGUCGACACUCGGAACACACAUUCGACAACCGAAUGCACCGUCUUCUCGCGAUGAGACGACGGCUCCGAUGACGCCAAGUUUCACGAAUGAACGAAAUGGUGGAGGUGGAGGUGCCUUUAGCAUCGGAACACCGCCCAGUCAUAGUCCGUUCCCGGUGUCCGAGUGUGAUUAUGAUCUGAAGGGUCAAAUGGAUAUGGAAGGCGAAGAUCCGGAAGUGAUUCAAAUGAUUGUUCGACAUCGCAUGGAACAACAUAAACUUCUCGAAAAGCAACGUCUGGAGAUUGAACGUCUCCGUUCGAAAGUCCGUGUGCCGCCACGUGCCACUUCUGUCAAUCCGGAAAUGAUUGACGACGAUGCGGAUACCACAUUGCAGUCACUUCAGCAAUCAUUGACAAAUGCGUCGAUAUCAUUGCCAGCGAGUCCGCCACCGAAUAUUGAGACAACGACGAAAAUACUCCAGAACGGAGUGACAACAACAUCAUCGGACGCGUCGGCACACCGCAUGACACUGUCUCAAUCGUCGAACAGAUCAAACGGCGGCUCGGCUUCCUGCCGUCACCGGGACAAUCAAUCGGCUCCUCCUCCUCGACACAACAAUCACCAAAACCACCACCACCACCACGGUUCAUCAGCUACUGCUGCGCACUCAAUUCCACACCACCCAGUCAUCACCAACAACAACCACAACCAUCACACGGCGAACUCUCACCAGCCAACACAACAUCAUCCGGCAGCUCCUCUUCCUCCUCAGAUUCCUCCACAGAUUCCUCCACAGGCCUAA